AUGGCAUAUAGAGGAACCGCACAAAUGACUGUACCUCCGAUGAGGGACGAAGAUAGUCCGGGAGAAUGGAGGUUUAAUCUACUUGGCUGCUUUGACGAUAGUGGAUUAUGUGUGACUACGUUUUGCUGUCCAUGUGUUACUUAUGGUCGAAUUAAAGAUAAAACGAAUCCUGAAUCCGGUUUUUGUUUAAAUUGUGUAGUUUGGUGUACAGGAAUCGUAGAAUUAUCAGGCGUAUGCGAAACAUUCCGGGUACCUCAUGUGGCGACUGCUGCGUUCAUUGCUGUUGUCCGUAUUGUGGGUUAUCUUGGAGGUUCGGGUUAUACAAAAAAGAUAGACAGUUUAUUAUUUAAAAUUGGACAUCGAAGAAAUAUGUGA